UUAGAGCGUCGGCUCUAUACAAACUGCAACUUAUUGCCAUUAGGAGGUGAUUGUUGGGUGUGACAAUUAGUAAGCUCUAUACAAACCGCAACUUAUUGCCAUUAGGAGGUGAUUGUUGGGUGUGACAAUUAAUGAGGAGAUAGUUAAAUCAUAACCACCUAAUGAAGAGUCACAUCUCUCCACUCAAAGGUCACUUCUUAAACUCUAUAGUUGUUUUCUCCUCACCCCUAUCCCCUCCGCCAAAAGAAAAAAAAAUAAAAUUAGUCCAUUAAAUAUUUAAAUAGGCGAAAUAACAUAAAAAAAAAUUCUAUUAUCAGGUAUCUUGAAGACGAGCUUGCCUACUACAUCUUUAUGCACACUGAAUUUAAUAAACAGGAUGUAAAUAUUGUUUCGAGAUAGCGUAAUAGCAUACCUAAAACUAAAAAAAGUCCAUCUUCCUUUGUGAUUUUCAAAGCCUCCACAACCCAAAAAAUGUCAACUCCUUUUUCACCCUCAUUCACUGUUUUAAAGAUUUAGUUCAUCAUUAAUGUAGUGAAGAUACCAAUAGUUUUUGUAUUACAACUCUAAAAAGCUGCAAGGUGCCUCUCCCUUGAGAAAUAUCCUUAGCCAAAAAAAACAUAAAUACCUAGGUUAGUCCACCAUUUAUUCCUUCCAGGCACUAAUGCACUAGAAAUGAGCUCCACCAGAAAAUACAAAAGAUAUGGAAUCAUCCCUCAUUAUAAAGAAUGUGACAUGCAACAUAUGGACACAACUAAAAACAACACCAAUCCUCUAUAAUAAUCAAGAAAAUGAUCUUAUGCACCUCUCUCUCCCUCUCUCUCGCUCUCUCCCUCUACCUCUCACCUACUCAGAGAGGCUUCCAUGGCUUCAUCAGAGAAAGCAGUGAAGAUGCUUGGCACUUGGCCUAGCCCCUUCUGCUUAAGAGUAGAACUUGCUUUAAAGCUCAAGGGCAUAAGCUAUGAACACAUAGAAGAAGACUUGAGCAACAAGAGCCCUCUCCUUCUUCAACUGAACCCAGUUCACAAAACGGUCCCGGUUCUCAUACACAAUGGCAAGGCCAUUGCUGAAUCUCUCAUCAUCCUGGAAUACAUUCAUGAAACUUGGCCAAAACUUGCACCUCUUUUGCCUGAAAAUGCUUACAAGAAAGCCCUUGUGAGAUUUUGGGCCGACUUUUUCGAGAAAAAGGUAACAGAGACUUUCAGAGCUGCUGUUUUGAAAUCAGGCAAAGAGCAAGAUAUGGCAGUGUUAUCGUUUACAGAGAACCUCAAGGUGUUUGAACAUGGUAUUCAAAAAGAUUUCGAAGGCGAGAACCCAUUCUUCAAUGGAGAAAGCCCUGGUUUCUUGGGAAUUUUAGUGGGUUCUCUGUCUACCUGGAUCAAAGUCAUGGAAGAGUUCCGUGGAGAAAGACUGGUGGAAACAGAGAAGACCCCUCUGUUUUGUUCAUGGCUAUGUGCUUUCAAUGAAGUUGGGUUAGUAAGAGAGACCUCACUUGAACAUGGGAGGCUGCUGUCUUAUGUGAAAGCCUUGAGAGAGAAAAUCUUCGGAUUGCCAAACAUGAGAAAAAUCUAAUGUUUUUGGUGGUGCUUCUUUACAAACAGUUGGGUUGUGAAAUAAAUGGCAUUUGGAA